UGUCCCUGGCGGACUCCAUCCUGGGAUGUCUGUAUAUAUGCAAGGCACAGUGCCCGAACACAAUAGAACCUGGGUGUACUUCCAGGUGGAGUUUGCCUGUGGCCAGCAAAAGGGGGAUGAUGUUCCCCUCCACUUCAGGUCUCACAUUAAUGGAGAGACAGUUGGCUUCAGCACAUUUCAGGAUGGCAGGUGGGGAAAGGAAGAGAAACUCAUGAAUCCCUUCCAAAAAGGCAAGCACUUCGAGGUCCUCUGGAUUAUCCAUGAUUUCGGAUACCAGGUCCUGGUGAACAGGAACACCUUAUGCAACUACAGCCACAGAAUCCCCCCACAAAACAUCCGGGUCAUUAGCAUUGAUGGAAACCUGGAACUGCAAUCUCUGUCCAUGAUGGGAGGACAAGUCAAGACUCACCCUUACGAUCACCCUGUCUCUGGUGGACUCCAUCCUGGGAUGGCUGUAUAUAUUGAAGGCACGGUGCCCAAAAAAGCUACCAGGUUCGUGAUGAACUUUCUCUGUGAUGAAGAUAUUCUCUUACACUUCAACCCUCGCUUUCCUCAGCAGUACGUUGUGCUCAACACAUGUCAGUCCGGCAGAUGGGGAAAAGAAGAGGUUCACAAGAUGCCUUUCCGGAAGGGCGAGCAUUUUGAGGCCAUCUUCAUUGUCAAUGAAGCCGAAUACCAGGUCCUGGUGAAUGGAAACCCAUUCUGCAAAUUCAAGCACAGAAUCUCCCCCCAAUUUCUAAAGUCCAUUAACUUUGGGGGAAACCUGGUGUUGCAGUCUAUGAUCGUGGUGGGAAGAAAAAUGGAGAGGAACAUGUUUUUCUUCUUGGACAUUUUUCUUAAUCCUUAA